AUGUCGUCGUUCUUCAGGUCAGCAGCAGACAUCAGCUCUUCUCGUGAAGAAAGCACCUCAGACGACACGAGCGACGAGUCAGACAGCAAUGAUCAACAAAUCACAAGGGUGCGCACAUUGGGCUCAAGUAUCGCGGCCGAGGAACAGUCAGGACCUGGUGCGACACAGGCACUUGCAGAAGGUUCUCGGAACACCAGCUACCACCGUGACAUUCUACUACACGCUCUACUGGAGGAACGCUGUUAUAAUGAGGCAUUCGAUGACCUGAGAGCGGCCGGAAUUACCAGCAAAGAUCACCCACAAGUUCAGACACUGGCGAAAGAGAAGUACUCUCGACUUUCACGACAACUCGGCAGAUAUGGUCUGGAAACCGGCGAUUUGGAUUCUGAUCAAUUCGGACCUCUUCGCCAAAAUUAUCGAGAUGGUAUAUCUUUGAUUACGCGAAAGUCCGUCGACCUCCAAACACCGAUUGAAGAUGUUUUGGCACAGUCUCAAAGCAAUGACUUGCCUGGACCUUUGCUUCGUUUGAUGGGGGGAGACCAGUCAGCAACCAUCGACAUGAGUCGACGAUUUAGUGAUCUUGCAAUCGCUGGUUCAGAUUUGCAUGCUCAACCCAAACUCCUUGGCAAUGGCAUACUUCCUGGACACCCUUUACUCAACUCAACACGAUAUACCCGAGACUUUGAAGAGUUUGGCAUUCUCGGUAAAGGUGGUUAUGGCACCGUGUUUCGAUGCAAACACAACCUGGACGGCAGACACUACGCAAUCAAGAAGAUUCCAUUAGGACCAACUCGCAUGCGCAAGAUCCAAGAAAAUGGGCAGGCCGAGCUCGAUCACAUUCUCGUCGAAGUACGGACCUUGGCACGGUUGGAGCAUCCGAAUAUUGUUCGGUACCACAGUGGCUGGAUUGAGUGGGCACCUCUGAUAUCCAACAAGCAAGCGCUUGAAUUCAAUGGCCAUAAGCUGCUCGAAGCACCGAAAGAAUCAGAGGAAGAUGAUGUUUCGGAGAGCUUCGAUCAUAACAUACCAGCGAUCGACGUUGAAUUUGGCUAUGAUGAUGACGACGACGAAAAUCCUUUCGAAAUGUCAGGUAGUCGAGAUCAACGUUUCGCGACACGAGAAGAAGAAGAAGACAUCAUAUUCGAGGAUUCCAGAAGAUCAGGAAAAACUACAUCCGACACUCAAUCUUUACAACCAGGCUCAUAUUCAGAAGGCACACCUCUUCAAAAGAUACCGAGUCGCGGCACAGUCGCAAGUGUAAGCGACGAAAGCGAAAUCGAACUGAUCACACGCAAGGACGAGCCAUCGGAAAGCAGCUACGACGCGUCAUCAUUCAGUACUAACCAACAGCAUCACGCCUCUUCCUCACCUUCUCUAGCACUCCACAUUCAAAUGUCUCUAUACACUAUGACACUUUCCGACUUCCUCGCUCCAAUGACAUAUCCAAUCACGACUGAAAACAUCGCUUCACUUCGCCACUGCUUCCACGCGCAUUCAUCGCUGGAAAUUCUCUCCUCUAUCAUCGAAGGCGUCGAAUACCUGCAUUCAGAAGGCAUAGUCCACCGUGACCUCAAGCCUGGCAAUAUCUUCCUCGCUGUGCGCGAAGGCUCAAAACCGCCUCCUGGUGCUCUAUCGUUGCACAAUUGUCCCUCCUGCAUCGGCCACGACGUCUCGCGCCCUUAUAAUGUCAGCAUCUGCAUUGGCGACUUCGGACUUGUUUCUGCUAUCGCCAGACCAGAAGACACACCUCCCAUGACAGGUGCUUCGUGCAAGGCUGUGGGUACAGAGAUCUAUCGUCCUUACAACGUGACUCGUGGCAAUCAUCCCAGCCUGGAUGUUUAUGCCCUAGGAAUCAUCGCCUUUGAAUUACUCCAUCCUUUUGGCACUAGGAUGGAAAGGCAUGAGAUGUUGUACCAGCUCAAGAAUGGGAAUGUUCGCGAUGACAUGGAUACAAAGGUCCAAUGCAAAGGAAUGGCUAAAUGGAUUAUGAGCAUGGUUGAGGCAAACGAGAGGCAGUGUCCUACUUGGGAAGAGUUGAGAGGCAAUCUAUCCGGUCUACUUAAGCAGUGCAAGGCAUCCUGA